CCUAAAUCUUUUUAUCCAUCAUGCCACCCAAAAGAAAUCGGGAGAGGCUGACUAGGCAAGUCAAUAAUUCGGUGGGCAUUGAGCCUGAAAUAGUCGCGAAACGGACCAAGAGACACCUGGACGAACUCGAAAGGUCAAACUACUCUGAAUCAGCCGUGGCCAACGAUGGUGAAGAAGGAUACACGAAAGGACGCGCCAGACAGCCAAUUUCUGACAAACGGAAUCUCAAUCUCACUGGGAAUUCCCCUGCUGCCAAAAAGAAAAAGUCGACCAUGAACGUGAGGUCGGCACUUUUAUAUCGCAAGAACUUCGCGACGUUGUUGGAGGAAUCAAAGAUCGCGUCACUUCCAGGUUCGGUGCCAACUUAUUUCACUGCUCACAGUCCUCCGCCGCCUUACCCCGCUCGGAUGAUUUGUUCCGUCUGCGGCUAUUGGGGAUUUUACAAAUGCCGCAAAUGCGCGAUGCCCUUCUGUGAUAGAAACUGUGAAAGUAUUCAUGAAGAGACGCGUUGCGAAAGAAGAGUCAUAUGAACAGUGUAUUUAUCCGUAUAUCGCACCACAUUGUAAUGUAGCAUAAAUGAACAAUACUCUACUUUUUUC